AUGACGCCCAACAUUCUUCACCAGUUGUGGCUGGGGCUGUUCAAAACUCAUAUACUUGCGUGGAUGCAGUGGUCACUGGGAAAAGAUGAGUUAGACAAGCGUUUCAUGACAAUGCCUGAAGCUCAGGGCCUAAGGUUGUUCUCUAGCGGGGUUAGCGGGAUUGGUCAGUGGACAGGUUGCGAGGCAAGAGAGAUGGCAAAGCAGAUGCUGUGCGCUGUUGCGGGGAGUGUAGACAAUGAGGAGGCUGAAUUGGCAUGCAUUGGAAUCAAGUUUAUGUCUUACGCGGAGUUGCCUACAAUGAGGGAGUCAGACGUGGCCGAAAUGGAGCAAUUGCUGACGGAAUUUCACGACCUGAAAUGGAUUAUGGUUGACAAGGAGUUUGGGUACUACAAAAACGAAUCAAGCUUCAAUGCUGUCCCAAAACUGCAUAUGAUCACUCACUACGGGGCUUCAGUACGUCUGUACGGCACACUCAACGGGUUCAACAGCAAGGUACCCAAAAACCUACAUAUCCACUACGCAAAAAAGCCCUGGCAAGCAUUGAACAAAGUCAGACCUGAAAAGCAGAUGAUGGUAUACAUACAGCGGCAAGAGGCUAUUCGUAUCCAUUGGUUGUAUAUGAACUUGUAUUGCGGUAUUGCAGUGAAGGAUGCAGAUGCAGGCAAGGGUGCAGACGUUGAGUUGGAACAAAGAGAGUAUGCAAAGGGGGAUUUGGAGCAGGAGGGUGGGGUGCAAACAAUAGAGGACCCAGCAAGCGUGUUGCCCUGCAGGCAGCCUUGGCCGUCUCAGGUUUGGUAUCCAAAUCCGCAUAUGACUAUUGCAAAGAACCCCACACAUGACAAGGUUCCCUGCAGGACAGUCAUCAACAAAUACGGCGCUAAGGACUUCAUUGAGUUGCUGACAAAGCUACUGGCCAAUCAGUUUGACACACCAGCCUACAAGUCCCUGUUAUUGGAGAAUCACCAGUAUGCGGUUUGGCACCAACUUUACCUCAAACACCCUUGCCCACCCUUUGCUAUUGGUUGGCCUCACACUGAUAUAAUUUGGGCCAACCCGCCACCUUGUAAUGUAGCUGGGACUCGUAUCAGACUUGGUACGUACAACGUAGUCCUUGUGUUGGACAAGCCUGGCGCCGGUGGUAUCCAUUGGUAUUGUGCCGCUCGCGUUCGAGUCAUCUUUAAAUUGCCUACCACCCACCUCCAAGGCAUAUACAACGGACACCUGGCGUACAUUGAAUUAUUCAACCCCUUUUUGUUGGCUCCGUCUCCAUCCGCGCCUUGUUUAUACACCACUUUGCAUUUGCUACGUGGCAAUGGCCAGCGCAAGCAUGCAAUAGUGCAAGUUUCCAAUAUCAAACUGGCGUGUCACCUAGCCCCCCAAUUUGACCAACUUUGA